AUGUCGUCUGAAGAUUUUGAGUAUCUUCUCAAUUUGAUUGGGCCAGAAAUCACUCGACGGGAUACUAAUUAUAGAAAAGCUAUAAGUGCUAAGGACAGACUGGCGAUAACUGUUCGCUUUUUAGCAACUGGAGACUCUUUCACAAGCUUGAUGUACCUUUUCAAAGUGUCUAAACAGAGUAUUUCAUACAUUGUGAUGGAAGUUUGCAGGGCUCUGAAUAAUGCACUGAGAGACUACAUACAACUGCCGAGCUCACAACAAGAAUGGCUGCGGUAUGAAAAGGAGUUUCAAGAAACGUGGAAUUUCCCACACUGUUUGGCAACAGUAGAUGGCAAACAUAUCGAAAUCCAAGCACCUUGGGAUAGCGGAAGCGAGUACUACAAUUACAAGUCUUUCUUCAGUAUCGUUCUGUUUGCGCUCGUAGAUGCUAACUACAAUUUUAUGUUUGCUGACGUCGGUGCUCAGGGACGUAUAUCUGAUGGCGGUAUAUUCAAAAACUGUGCAUUGUGGAAAAAGAUUGAAGGGAAAACUUUGAACGCACCGCAACCAAAGGCACUUCCAGGGCGUGAAAAACGUGUUCCUUACGUUUUUUUAGCAGAUGAAGCGUUUGCUCUGCAUGAAAACGUUUUGAAACCCUACUCUGGGGUCUCACAAAAUGGAUCCAAAGAGAGGAUUUUCAACUAUCGUUUAUCACGAGCUCGGCGAGUCACAGAAAAUAGUUUUGGGAUUCUUUCAGCUGUAUUCAGAGUUUUGAGAAAACCGAUGCUGUUGGAGCCAGAAAAGGUUAGAGAUGUGGUGUUUACAACUCUUUUUUUGCAUAAUUUCCUCAGGAGGAGCGAAACAUCCCGGGACAUCUACACUCCUCCCGGUACUUUUGACAACGAGCUACCGAAUGGCACUGUCAUUGAGGGGAACUGGAGAAAAGAAAUCCUUGGUACAGCACCAGCACUUCGUGGUAUGAGAAAGAAAGCCCGUAAAAGUUCUGAUGUUGCACAGGCAGUUCGCAAUGAAUUUGCAGAGUACUUUGUUACAACAGGACAAGUCUCGUGGCAAGAUAGUUACGCAUAA